GACCACCGAGGCAAAUAUGGAAGGUUGAGAAUCAUGAUUCUGGGUAACACAUGGAAGUUAGGAUAUUUUAUGUCAUUGACUUCGGGUUGAGUUCAACCAAGGUCGUCAACUGUUUCGAAUGUUCCUAGGGCUGACUCAGGCAACAUGCCACCCGUUCCCAACAAUUUAGCCCCAACGUCUUCUAUGACAACAUUUGGUAGAGAUUCACUCACUUUAUUUCUUUAUGGAUUAAUUGUUGAGCGGACAUUUGAAAGGAGCUUGAAUCAUACCACUUGAAAUAUGUAGAUUGUAUUCAUAUACAUAGUAGCCAACUGCUGGUGUCGGAUUACACUCUCGCUGAGUAUAACUUCGUUCUUCGCUCAUGGUAUGAUAGACCAUCAUACGAUAUUAUAGGCUAUCAUACAUGACCUCGAAUGCCAAAGAGCCCAAGAUGGCGCUCGACGCAAAAUCACCAGCAGCGACUCCUCUAAACGAUGGCACUACAGACUACGUCCCUCUGAGAAAAAAGUACAACUCCAAAGAGCCGCAUAUCACUGAACAACCCAUCACUUGGGCCAACUGGUAUAAGCAUAUCAACUGGUUGAACUGUUUUUUUAUCCUCUUCAUUCCCUUCCUUGGCUGUGUCGGGGCAUACUGGACACCUCUUCAGCUCUAUACGGGCAUCUUCACCGUUGUAUACUACUUCAACGCAGCCCUUGGCAUUACAGCCGGAUACCACCGCUUCUGGGCCCACCGAUGCUACAAGGCCACUCUCCCAUUAAGGAUCUACCUAGCCGCCGCAGGAGCCGGUGCAGGACAAGGCUCGAUCCGAUGGUGGUCGCGAGGCCACCGUUCCCACCACCGGUACACCGAUACAGAGAAGGACCCAUACUCGGCCCAAAAGGGCUUCUGGUAUUCGCAUAUCGGUUGGAUGGUGCUGAAGCAGAACCCGAAGCGAAUCGGUCGCACAGACGUCACGGAUCUCGACGCCGAUGCCGUCGUCGUGUGGCAGCAUACCAACUAUAUCAAGUCGGCUCUGUUCAUGUGUCUCGUGUUCCCGACUUUGGUCUGUGGCCUGGGCUGGGGCGACUGGCUUGGCGGAUUCGUCUACGGUGGCAUCCUGCGCGUGUUCUUCAUUCAACAGGCCACCUUCUGCGUCAAUUCGCUUGCCCAUUGGAUCGGCGAACAACCCUUCGAUGAUCGCAAUUCCCCCAGAGACCACGUUAUAACCGCCUUCGUUACUCUCGGUGAGGGAUACCAUAACUUCCAUCACGAGUUCCCGUCGGACUACCGUAACGCCAUCGAAUGGUGGCAGUACGACCCCACAAAAUGGUCCAUCUGGGUCUGGAAGCAGCUCGGCCUCGCCUACGACCUCAAACAGUUCCGCCAGAAUGAAAUCGAGAAAGGUCGCAUCCAACAGCUGCAGAAGAAGCUCGAUCAAAAGCGCUCUACUCUCGACUGGGGCAUUCCCCUCGACCAGCUCCCCGUCAUGGAUUGGGAUGACUUCGUCACCGAAGCCAAGAAUGGUAGAGCCCUUGUUACUAUCGGAGGCGUGAUUCAUGAUAUCACGAGUUUUAUCAAGGAGCAUCCGGGCGGCAAGGCAUUCAUCUCGUCGGCCGUUGGCAAAGACGCUACAGCUAUCUUCAACGGUGGUGUCUAUAACCAUUCCAAUGCCGCUCAUAACUUGCUGUCUACCAUGAGGGUCGCGGUUCUUCGUGGCGGGUGCGAGGUGGAAAUCUGGAAGCGUUCCUUACCGGAUGGUAAGUCGCCGAUGCUGACGGAUUCGACGGGUCAGCGCAUCGUGCGGGCUGGAGAUCAGGUUACCAGGACUGCGCAACCAGUGCCUAUGCUGAGUACUGAGGCCAGAUAAGGCGGAAGUUUUGUUUCUCUAUUUCAAUUCUGAGAAUGCUGCAUGAAUAGUAUGACUAAUAAAUUUAUACCCUACUCCAU